CUUCCGGCUGCUGCUGCAGCUGCACGGCGACUCGGAGUUGCUGCGGCUGGCGCUGGGCUCGCUGAAGGGCUCGCUCGGCCUGCUGGAGCGGCAGCCCGCCAUGCCGGGGAAGGUAUUCGUGGAAGAAAGUCUGGUAUCAACCCUGCAGAUACUGGAGCGCGCUUUGGCCCUGGAGCGUUCGCUCACCGCCGCGGCCUCCGAAGCCGGGCGCGGCGUACUUAUUGUCGGCCUCUCCAAACUUAUACUGGCGGACGACGGUCCCUCCGGCGGCGACCGCCUAGUGACGUGCUGCCGCGUACUCCAACUAGUUAACACGCUGCCCGCCGCCGCCGCGCGCGCCACCGCACUGUUAACCCGUGCGCUGAGCGCGCCGGCCGCCGCCAGGCACUUGUUGCAUGCGCAGGCGCACCGUCCGCACGCCAGCGAUAUCAGGCACGGCUUCGUAGAAUGCUUGGAAGCAGAAGAAUACGGCGACGAGCAGCAGAUAGCAGACAUUCGCGCGGCCAAGGAGGGAGUCCUAUUGCUACUGCAGCAGGCGCUGCCCGCCGCGCCGCCCAACCUCGCGCACUUCCUACUGGGGUACCGACUGGACGACGACGUGAGCCGCAGCGCACUGAACGAGGCGGGCGUGGCGGGCUACCCGCGGACUUGCCUGCACUCCAUCCUGGAUAUAUUGGACCAGCACAUCGCCGGCCAGAACAACGGGGAUAGGGAGGCGUCGAACCUGGUGGAGAGUUGCUACCGGCUGGUGUACUGGCUGGCGGCGCGGCCGGCCACGUCGGCGCCGGCGCUGCGCUUCCUACGCUCGCGUGAUUACUUCCUAGCGCGACACGUUAAGGCCACCGUCAACCUGGAGACGGCGUCGGUGGUAACGCUCUCAGCGCGGUCUUGGGUGCUCCGAGCGUGCGCGUGCGAGGCGGGCGCGGCGGCGGCGGGCCGCCAGCACGCGGCGCUGGCCACGCUACUGGCCGCGCUCACGCACGCGCCGCUGCACCACACGCAGGUGUGUACUACUCUCGGGUGCUCCGAGCGUGCGCGUGCGAGGCGGGCGCGGCGGGCCGCCAGCACGCGGCGCUGGCCACGCUACUGGCCGCGCUCACGCACGCGCCGCUGCACCACACGCAGGUGUGUACUACUCUCGGGUGCUCCGAGCGUGCGCGUGCGAGGCGGGCGCGGCGGGCCGCCAGCACGCGGCGCUGGCCACGCUACUGGCCGCGCUCACGCACGCGCCGCUGCACCACACGCAGGUGUGUACUACUCUCGGGUGCUCCGAGCGUGCGCGUGCGAGGCGGGCGCGGCGGGCCGCCAGCACGCGGCGCUGGCCACGCUACUGGCCGCGCUCACGCACGCGCCGCUGCACCACACGCAGGUGUGUACUACUCUCGGGUGCUCCGAGCGUGCGCGUGCGAGGCGGGCGCGGCGGGCCGCCAGCACGCGGCGCUGGCCACGCUACUGGCCGCGCUCACGCACGCGCCGCUGCACCACACGCAGGUGUGUACUACUCUCGGGUGCUCCGAGCGUGCGCGUGCGAGGCGGGCGCGGCGGGCCGCCAGCACGCGGCGCUGGCCACGCUACUGGCCGCGCUCACGCACGCGCCGCUGCACCACACGCAGGUGUGUACUACUCUCGGGUGCUCCGAGCGUGCGCGUGCGAGGCGGGCGCGGCGGGCCGCCAGCACGCGGCGCUGGCCACGCUACUGGCCGCGCUCACGCACGCGCCGCUGCACCACACGCAGGUGUGUACUACUCUCGGGUGCUCCGAGCGUGCGCGUGCGAGGCGGGCGCGGCGGGCCGCCAGCACGCGGCGCUGGCCACGCUACUGGCCGCGCUCACGCACGCGCCGCUGCACCACACGCAGGUGUGUACUACUCUCGGGUGCUCCGAGCGUGCGCGUGCGAGGCGGGCGCGGCGGGCCGCCAGCACGCGGCGCUGGCCACGCUACUGGCCGCGCUCACGCACGCGCCGCUGCACCACACGCAGGUGUGUACUACUCUCGGGUGCUCCGCGCGUGCGCGUGCGAGGCGGGCGCGGCGGGCCGCCAGCACGCGGCGCUGGCCACGCUACUGGCCGCGCUCACGCACGCGCCGCUGCACCACACGCAGGAAUGGGAAUGGUGCCUGCUGCGGCGCACGCUGGAAGCGCUGCCGGUGAGCGUGGAGGCGAGCGCAGAGCCGCGCUGGGAGCUGUUCCACGCGCACCAGCUGCGCCACGCCAUCGCCUCCUGCGACCUGCCCACGGGUUUGGGCGGUAAAAGAAUCAGCGUGUCACGUGUCCACGCGCUACUAGCUCGGGAGCUAUCGGCGCUACACGCCACCGCGCCGCAACGGAAUCUAGUCGCUUUGGAAAUACAGAAGGUGUUAGACUACGUAACCGAAGUGAACCGCCAGCGCAACCUAGCGGCGACUCUCACGCACUACUACGACUCCUGGCGGCAACUCACAGAAAUCCUCUUCUGCGUGGCGCCGCCCGACAUUCUCAGCCUCGAAUCUCGCAAGAACUUACUCCUCAACAUCCUCCAAGACUUACUGAACAAAAUACCACCCGCAGAAGUGCUGCCACAGUUAGGGAACCUAGCCUCGGGAACAGUGUUGCUAUUGCUGGUCAAUUUGAGACACUGCUACAUCCUUCAGAAGAGAGAAACAAACAUGGACGCGUCAGAAUUCGAAACGUCGUUCUUCGGGCCUUCAAACCAGAUCAUGCAGACGAAAUCGCUGACGCUUAAAUUCAUUCUACACAAGAUUCUGAGCUGGAUAUUGGUGUCUGGUGGUUCAACGCAAAAAAUGCGAGUGAAUCUCUACGGAGCGUUGCUAAAUUACUUGAAUAUCGUAAACUUGAAACCAAGCCCGGCUGAUCCUGAAGAAGAACUGAACACUACAUACGUCAGUCGAUUGGACAGUUCCAAAGCGAGGCCUAGUAAAGAAGAGUCAGCGUUGAAGUCUAUGGUGGUAGAUGUGAUCAGUGGUUUUGGCGAGAACCUAUGUUCGAUAGUGUGCAGCGACUGCAUAGGAGGAGGUCACGACGUGUGCCGUAUGGUGGCGCUGUCGUGUUUGGAUACCCUGGUGGAAAUCAACCCGAAGACGGACUGGAUGAAUACCCUGACUAAUCAAGGGUAUUUGAGGAGCCUCAUUGAUAGUUUGAUGCAAGAUGAUGCUGGGUUGAAAGAGGCUUUAGAACCUAACCCGAAGACCCUUCGCGUGCUCUACGUAUACGAGUCCAAGAUGGCGCUGCUGAUGAAACUGGCUGGCACACGCGCGGGCGCCGAGACCAUAUUAGCGCAGGGCGCUCUGUCGUGCCUCGCCAAUAUGAGCAUCCUGUCGCGCCAUCCUGACAUACACACUGCUUCAGACUCCCAGCGGCACACUGACUUCGUGCCCGCCGUGGCCAACAGGUGA